AUGAACAAAUCACCGGUCUCAGGAGCUAUCGAAUCGAGUUUCUCAUUGGCUAAUGCUGUUGGACCGGAAGCUCUAAAUAUGCAGAGAAGAGGAGGCAUCAAUAAUAUGCGUAUCCCAACAUCACCAAUGUCUUUCUCCUCGAGUAACAUUAACAGUCCUGGUUCUUUGGUUCUUGAUGGUUCUGCUUCUAUGCAACAUUUGUCUCAGCAGCAACUACAACAGCUAGCAGGACAAGGUUCAGAAAAUUGCAUUACCUAUUGGAGGAAAUUCGUGGCAGAAUACUUCUCGCCUCGUGCAAAGCAAAGGCUGUGCUUGUCACAGUACGAAAGUUCUGGACACCAUGCGCUUGGCAUGUUUCCACAGGCAGCUCCGGAUAUGUGGCAGUGUGAUCUUUGCGGCACCAAGUCUGGAAAAGGAUUUGUCAAAACAGUAGCUAAAUUGUCAUCUUCUCGUGUCAAAUCCACAGAGGCAACUUUCGAUGUGCUUGCCAGACUCAAUGAAAUCAAAUUUGCUAGUGGAAUAAUUGAUGAGCUCUUAUAUCUGGACCACCCAAGAGAAAACAGAUUUCCCAAUGGACUGAUGAUGCUAGACUAUAGAAAAGCAGUUCAGGAAACUGUACACGAGCAGUUUCGUGUUGUCCGUGAGGGCCAUCUUCGCAUUAUAUUCUCUCAAGAUUUGAAGAUACUGUCGUGGGAGUUUUGUGCUCGGCGUCAUGAAGAGCUUCUUCUCCGCAGACUUAUCGCUCCGCAGGUGAACCAAUUGCUUCAGGUUGCACAGAAAUGCCAGAGCACAAUCUCAGAGAGUGGGUCAGAGGGAGUUUCUCAGCAGGAUUUACAGUCAAACAGUAACAUGGUCUUGGGAGCUGGACGGCAGCUGGCAAAGUUCAUGGAAUUACAGUCGCUGAAUGAUCUCGGCUAUCCAAAAAGAUAUAUCAGAACUCUACAGAUAUCUGAAGUUGUCAAGAGCAUGAAGGAUCUUAUGAAUUUCACUGGCCACCACAAAAUCGGGCCUAUUGAGGGGUUGAAACGGCUUUUGGAACAGACGGCGACAGUGAAGCUCCAGAGACAGAAAAUGCAGGAAAUGGAGCAGUUGGGUAAUAGUGGGGCUAUGAAUGGGUCACCUCAAGCUCAGAUGGCGCUGACUCCAGGGACGAUGAACGGCCUAACUGGCAACAACAAUAACUCCAACUCCAAUAAUUACCCUCAAAUAGUUGGCCGUGGAGCAAUGAAUGGCUCAGCGCAAGCAGCAGCAGCUCUGACCAACUACCAGAGCAUGCUUAUGAGGCAAAAUGCUAUGAAUAUUCCAAACUCGAAUACGGGCAAACAAGAGGAGUUCUCGAGUCAGAACCCAACCCCAAACUCAAACCAGAGCCCGUCUUCUUCGUCCCACCAGAGGCAGAACUUGGCAACAGGUGGAUUCCACAUCCAUCCCCAAAUGCAACAGCAGCAGCGCAGCAUGAAUGGGGCUUCCAACAUGCUUCAGCAGAAUUAUCAUCAUCAAUUGCAACCACCACAUUCACAGGGUAACAAUCAUGAGCAGCAGAUGCUUCAUCAGCUGUUGCAGGAAGUGUCUGAGAACGGAGCAAGUGCGCAACAGCAGCAAGCCUUUUCAGGUCAGAGUGGUGGCAACAGUAACGCAGAGAGAAACCCAACUGCUUCAACUUCGAGCAUCUCAGGAGGAGGCCGAGUUCCAAGCCGCAACAACAGUUUCAAAGCAGUUUCAAACAGCAACAACAACCUUCAUAUGUCAGAAGAUAUAUCGGUGACAGAACUGUCUCACGAUUUCCCAGAAGACGGAUUCUUCAACAACAGCGAUAUCUAUGGUGCCUUGUAAUAAAUAUCCCCACAGAACAGAGGCAUUGUUACUUUGACUUAACAGAGAGUGUAGGCUUAUUAUGUUUCUCAUUUAGGUUGGUCUGGUCUUUGUAUAGAAUCCAAAGAGAAUGAGACCAAGAAAAGAAAUUGUGAUUUGUUGUAACCUACAUAGGCACUUUAGCAUCUUCAUUUUUUUCCCCUUUUAACGAUAGUACAAUGGAAUCUUAUAUGGUGAUUUUUGCAAACACUUUCGAGGUAUUCUUAUUCUUUCCUUUUUG